CGGCAGAUACGAAAAAUGGCAGAGUCAAAGAGUCGCAGUUUCUGUUGUGUUCCAGGCUGUUCGUCUUCCAACCAAAAACAGCCCUACCUUUCUUUUCAUUCUUUUCCUGUGGAUCCAAACCUGAAACCCAAAUGGAUACAGGCGAUCCGAAGAGAGAAAGGGCAUAGUUUUAAUGUUAAAACAGGUAGCACCUAUGUUUGCAGCCGGCACUUCGCUCCGGAUGAUUACAGUGGUGGCUGCGUCGUUCGUCGCCUGAGGAGUGGUGUCGUCCCAAGCCUAUUUCCUUGGAACAACUUUACUGCUCCUUUGAGAAGGGAGUCAGUAUAUGACAGAACCUUAAAACGUCGGUCUAUACAGCUAUGCUGUGAAGAUAGCGACAUGGUGGCUAAGGCAGCAAGGAUGGAUCACGACUACGUGACACACCCACCUGCAGGUGCUCUGGAUGAGGCUUUGGAUUACAUCCAUGACCUAGAAGCCAAAUUGCAAAACACUGGUCUACCACCCCCUACUCUCUUCAGCCGAUACUGUGCGUCAGACGACCAAAUACGUUUCUACACAAAAUUUCCAUCUGAGAGUGUUUUUACUAUUUUUUGGGAGUCGAUUGCACCAUCUGCACUUAGACUGGUGUACUGGACCAAAGCACAGAGGGCAGGUGAGGAAGGCUGCGAAGAUCCCAGCCCACCACGCAUAAUGCCAUUAAUAGAUGAGUUCUUGAUGUACUCCAUGCGGGUUGCUGUUGGCAUGAAGGAGCAGCUCAUUGCUGACAUGUUUAAUGUGAGCAUUGCCAGGGUUAGCAGGGUUACCAUCACCUGGGCCAAUUAUCUUUUUAUGAUGCUGAGCUCACUUCCCAUCUGGAUAAGCAGGGAAAAGGUUAAGUCCACUAUGCCCCUUAAAUUCCAGCGGUACUGUCCCAAUGUCAGAGUGAUACUGGACUGCACAGAAAUUUCCCAGGAAACAGCCUCAUCCCUGACCUUACAAUCAGAAACAUUUUCAAAUUACAAAAACAGGACGACAUUGAAAGGGCUAAUUGGAGUUGCUCCCAAUGGUUUGGUGACAUUCAUCUCACCCCUGUACACUGGGUGCAUCUCAGAUAAGGAGAUCACCAGGAUCAGUGGAGUCCUUCCCUUGCUGGAGCCAGGAGACGAUGUCAUGGCGGACAAAGGGUUCCUCAUUCAAGACCUCCUUGCUGACGUUGGAUCUAAGCUCAUCAUUCCACCUUUUAAGCGUUCAGCUCAAUUCAGCAAGGAGGAAACGGAACAAACCCAAGCCAUUGCCCGCCUCAGAAUUAUAGUGGAAAGAGUGAUUGGUAGGAUAAAGUCCUUUCACAUCUGGGACUCUCCCGUGCCGCUCACACUGAUUGGCAGUGUGAAUCAGAUCUGGCUUAACUGCUGUGUUUUGGCAAAUUAUCAAGGACCUUUUUGUUUUGAAGAGUGAAUUAAUGUUUGGUAUGUAA